UAUGCCAGAGUUCGUGGCUCUGAGGUUGCCAAUAACGAGGGUGUGGCCUUCUCUGCUGACAUGUGGGCCGUUGGCAUCAUCACCUACAUCCUUCUCUCUGGCACCUCCCCUUCAGGGGGGAGAACGACCGAGAGACCCUGACGAAGGUACAGAAGGGAGAGUUGAACUUCGACAUGGAAGCCUUCACCCACAUCUCUGACGAAGCCAAGGACUUCAUCGCCAAGCUCCUCGUCUUCAAGGCCGACAUGAGGAUGGAUGUGAAGACAGCCUUGAAGCACCCGUGGAUGGACCUGGCACUCAACAUGCCUCGGGAUCCCUACAAGAUCAACACAGACAGACUACGAUCCUACUAUUCCAAGUUCAGGGAUUGGUACGGCAACGCCUCCUGCAAGCGCUGGUACCGCCGCAGGACCCUGGCCUCCUGCUUCACUCACCCCAGCAAGAUGGUCUACCCGCCAGGAGAGGUCUACACGCCCCCGGAGUCCCCAGAGAGAGAGAUCCUCCCCGCCAAGACCGAAGACUACGUCAUCCCUCACAGAGACUACUCCUACGAGCUCGAUGUUAUCAAGAACGAGAGCAACUACCAGCAGGGGCCUGACACUUACCUCCUGCAGCUCCGAGACACAGAGUUCCCAUGUCGUCUUCGCUCCUACAUGAAGGUGGCCACAGUCAGGUCCCCGUCCUUCGCUAUGAGUCUUCGUGAGAACGACUACGACUACACCAGGGUGCCCAUGGUUCACGAACGUCGACGGUUCACGGACGUGAUGGACGAGGAAAUCGACGAGGAGCGGAAGCGAACCGUCCUUGACAAGCACACGGCCAAGUUCAUCAGAGGCCGCAUGGAGACGUGCGCCCUCGACGUGCCUCGGAGGCUCAAGUAUGAGAUCCCGGCGCGGCUAUCAAUCAAGGACGACCCCACGGGCCUGCAGCAGGAGGUCUGCUUCGGCACGGCGCCCUUCCUGAGGGAGAAGCCCGAGACGCUGGCUAUUACAGAGGGCUGCCCUCUCUCUCUCACAGUCGUGGUCACCGGUGACCCGGAACCCGUCGUCCAGUGGUUCAAGAACGACAUCAUUCUUGGCGACUCCGAGAGAGUGACCAUAGAAAACGUGGUGGGACGGUCAACUCUCUCAUACUCGGAGUGCCACGAGUUCGACGUCGGCCUGUACAAAGUGGUGGCCCGCAACCAGUUCGGACAGGUCACCCACAAGUUCCGCCUGCUCCAGGGCCACAUUCCGGGGCCCUGCGAUUGUCCGGAGGUGACGGAGGUGUCGGACACGGAGGCACUCGUCCGCUGGAGACCUCCUAUAGACGAUGGAGGUUCGCAGAUCCUCUGUUACACCCUGCAGAAGAAGCAUGCGGGCGAGACCGAAUGGGAGACGAUCGCGGAGAACAUUGACCACGAGUUCUACCUGGCUCGGGGUCUGGCGCCCGAGACCUUCUACCAGUACCGCGUCGCAGCUAAGAACUUCAUGGGUUGGGCUGAGCUCUCAGCGGCCUCAGCGCCCAGUAGAACCACUCCUACAGGAACACCAAAGCUGCAGAUUAGCAGAGGGAUGCAGUUCCUGCAACAGCUGACGGAAAAGGGCAAGAUCGUGCCGCCGUGGCCGGAGAAGAGAGACUUGGACUACUCCAAGGAACAGGAGCCGGUCAAACUUAAGACCGGAGAGAAUGCUCAGCUCCAGGUGCGCAAAUACAACAUGAUGGCUGAGAUCUCCCGCGGGAGGUUCUCUGUGGUGGUGAGGUGCGUCCGUACCGACGACCAUCGGCAGUUCGUGGCCAAGCUGCUGGAGAGUAGAGAGAGAGACUACGCUGUCAAGGAGGAGUUCGAGGUGGCCAAGUUCCUCAGACACGAGAGGAUUGUCCAGCUCUACGAGGCGUAUUAUGUAAACAACGUGACUGUGUUCAUUAUGGAGCCUCUGGCCGGGGUGGACAUCUUGACCUACCUGGCCAUGCAGUACGAGUACUCUGAGCAACACGUCUUCCUCGUUGUAACUCAGAUGCUGGAUGCUCUCUCGUACCUCCACUGGCGCGGGUUCUGUCACCUGGACCUGCAACCUGACAACAUCGUUCUCACCUCCACGCGGCGCUGCGACGUCAAGUUGGUCGACAUGGGCAGUGUGCAGAAGGUCUCCAAACUGGGCUCCACCGUCCCUGUUAGUGGCCUUCUCGACUACAUAGCUCCCGAGGUGGUGACGGAGCAGCAAGCCUUCCCCAACAGCGACGUCUGGUCCCUGGGAGCUGUGGCCUACAUGCUGCUCUCAGGCACCAGCCCCUUCAAGGGCGAGGACGACCAGCAGACCAAGGACAACAUCAAUUACGUACGUUACAGGUUCGAGAACCUGGCUAGCAGCACCUCGCAGGAGGCCAUCCGCUUCUUCAUGCUCAUCUUCAAGAGGGAUCCCAGCAAGCGACCGACAGUGGAGGAGUGCAGAGAACACAGGUGGCUGACGGAAAGUGACUUCAUGGCCAAGAAGAGAGAGAGGGCGACGUUCUUCGGCAACCGACUCAGGGAGUACGAUCUCGCCUACCAUAGAGCGAGAGUCGCGGCCUCAACGAAAUCUUCAGAUCUGCUCAACUUUAACAAUGCUCAUCUCCCCAAGGCAGUCUCAUAUGACCAGGAGAUGCUCUGUACGGUUUAGGAGACCGCAUCGCCUACCCCCUCAUCAUCUCCAAGAUUAGGGAAGCCCCCACCAUCGUCUGGUAGCAUCGCGAGGUGCUUCUAUCAUCAUCAUCAUCGUCGUCGUCUAGGGAAUCCUGUCGAGCCGUCAGAGUUCUGUAUGAGUAAGACCUGCGACUCUGGGGUUCUGUAGCAGCCUCCAUACAUCGUUCACCUCUUCAUCCUCGGCUCCCAUCAUCUCUUAUGCCUCGCAUCGUCUCCAUUGCCAUUCAAGCUGCCAAAGUGAGGUGGUUAAAGCUGAACUUUGACACAAAUAGAAGCAUAUGUGGAAAAUGGCUUCUGUGGCUUGUGUCCCUACACCCCCUCUUCCUCCCCUCUGUAUACUGACUCGUCUGGUGAACGGAGCCUCACUCUUGCACACGGCAACAGUUUUUGUACAUAGUGCUUCCGUCUGUGUUGCCAUGCUGCUAAACCAUUAUGAGGUAACAAUAAACGAUAUUGCAGUAAACUCCACACGAGUUUACUGGCGCAGUGUGUGUGGUCACGAAUUGUAGAACUGCUUUUUUUCCAUGUGGGUAAAUAUGAUAGAAGUUAAGCCUACAACUUCACCUUUUGGGGAAAGAUUUGAAAGAUUGUUAGUUCCUUUAAGUGUUUUUGGUGCGAAGGUCUCCAUAAACUUUCUGAACUCGACCAAAAAGUGCUCCCCUUUUUCUUUUGUCACUCUCAGAGUACUCGAACUCUGCUUCCUAGGAUUGGUUGCUCAUGUUUUUCUCACUCGUGUCAGGGUUUAGGUUUGAUUGAGUUAGGACAUGAAGAAAAUGGCUGCUCAUUCAUGGGAAUGCUGAAUAUCUGUAAAACUAUAUAAUUUAAAGGUUUAGUAGAACGGUCUGAAAAAAUAAUGAGAAACUGAUAUAAUUCAAAGUUAGCUUUUGUCAUAAUGUUAGUUACUUUUUAUUAUUUCAAGAGAUACUUGAAUUAGUUGUGGUACAUAUAGAUACUCGAACAAUAUGUAUAUCUUCGGUCAUAGUCAGCAGUUCAAGAGUGUUUUCCAGUAGAUGUAGAACAUAUUUAAUGUAUGCUGUAUUCUCACGUGGCCCCUCACAAGCCAAUGUGCCAAAAAUGUAUGUCAAGUAAUUUGUAUAAACUGACAUUAGAGAGAACACUUUUUCUGCUUUAGCCUUCACAAAUAUUGAAGGAUCUUGAGCCCUUGUGGGCAACGAGGUGGCUGCUAUAUAUAAUUAAGUUGCUAGUACACACAGUAAGGCUGUCAGAUUCUUGAGCAGGAUGAUGCACAGUGGAAAAAAAAGGUCAGAUAUUUAUGAAAUGUCUUCAGGGAUGAGGUAAGCAGUUAGGUAUUUCAUACUUCAGAGUUUUCAAUGCAACUGAAUAACUCUGAAGUAGAGUUUAGUAUUUAACAGGCAGCUCUUAGCUGAACAGGACGAGGAGAAUAGAUAAAAAGGGAAAUAGAGUAACAAAAUACACCAGAAAGCAGAAGAAAUUGAAAGCGAAGAAUAAGACAUUCAUCAUCUAUUCUAGACAUCUAUUAAGAAUAAUGGAACUCCUUGAUAUAUUCCAAAGAAUGUCAGCAGUUCACCCCUAAGUCUUUCUCCUGCCAUAUUGAUGAUGUCUUUAGAGGAGUCCGGCAGAUCAUAAUUAUUUAACACUGACGUAGUGAUGUCACUGUCUUCUAGUCAUAUAUAUAUUGGACCGUUUUAGUCUGUCUCAUUCAAUAGUUAUAAUUGGUUACACUUCCUAGCGAGUAAUGUAUAUGUAAACACCAGAUUUUUUCUAUUCAUAUGUAUAUGACAGCUGUAGUUAUUUAAUCAUAUGUAUAUGCUAGUUGUAGCCAGUUUGAGUGGUGUCCUUGUCGAGUGUCUGGCGAGACUGUUCCAACCUCUCCUCGAUUAUCUUUGUCAUACAUUAACAGAAUUAUUAUAAUGACGAUUUUUUUGUGUGUUGAGGCGGCACUCGCAGCCGGGCUUGGCUCUGAUUGGUCCAGCCGAGUGAUGACGUCGAGCGCGCGCUCUGACAGUGAUGUACAGAACAUUGAACACUUAAACGGAUAUUCGUUUUGAUUUCUGAGAAAUACAUUAUGAUGUACUUA